AUGCUGCUCUACAACUUUUUUAAUGCACUCCUGAGCCAUAUGAAGGACACGAGCGGGCGACCUUCCUCCGAAAGAACUUCACGGACUGCUUCUGUGUUGGAGCAAGUUUUUUCUGAGGAGUCCGACGAAGGAGGGGGUGUGGACGAAACUGCUCCCUCUAAGCCAUCCCACGGGCCCGACAUUGAGUUUCCACUGCAGAGAAAGGAUAUCGACUUACUGAUUGAAGCUUUCAGGAAGAAAAAGCAUCGCCUCCAUCCGAAAUAUGUCGCGCAGAUAUUAAAAGAGGCCACUCAGGUUCUGAAGCGGAUGCCCAAUAUCCACGUGGCCACCACGUCUAUAUCCAGCCAGAUAACAGUGUGCGGCGACUUGCAUGGGAAAUUAGACGAUUUACUCGUUAUAUUUCAUAAGAAUGGACUACCGUCGCCUGAAAAUCCAUACAUAUUCAAUGGAGACUUUGUAGACCGAGGGAAAAAGGGCUUAGAAGUGUUCCUUUUGCUGCUGGCCUGCAUGUUAGCGUUCCCAGGCGGAGUGUACCUCAACCGAGGCAACCAUGAAGAUCUCAUUAUGAAUUCUAGGUAUGGAUUCAUCAAAGAAGUGCAGCAAAAAUAUCGGCACAACGCAGAAAGGCUCUUGAAGUUGAUAGAGUGCGUGUACCGGUGGCUUCCACUUGGCACCAUCAUCAACAACCGCGUGUUUGUCGUGCACGGCGGCAUCUCCGACACCACCGACCUGGACAUGAUCCGCAGCCUGGAGAGAGACAAGUACGUGUCGCUCCUUCGACCUCCGGUAACCGAAAACUCCACGUCGGGUGCCGAAGUUAUAGACAAAGUGGAAUGGAAACAGGUGUUCGACAUCCUAUGGUCGGAUCCGCAAUGCAUCGGAGGCUGCGUCGCAAACGCCCUUCGAGGUGCUGGCACGUACUUCGGCCCCGACGUCACAUCGUCUUUCCUACAAAAGAACAAACUCAGUUUCCUAGUGAGGAGUCACGAAUGCAAGCCUGGGGGAUAUGAAAUACUACACAACGGCAAUGUGAUCACAAUAUUCUCCGCUUCUAACUACUACGAGCUCGGGUCCAACAAGGGUGCCUACUUGAAGCUGUGCGGCAAUUCCCUGGAGCGGCAGUUUGUUCAGUAUACCGCCGCGGUGUCCCGCACUCGCCGCCUGACCUUCCGCCAGAGGGUCGGCCUGGUGGAAUCCUCCGCGAUGAGGGAGCUGCACAACCAGAUCGUGAUGGCUCGCAGGCCUUUGGAGGCCACAUUCCGCAGCAUGGAUUUGGAUCAGAGCGGUUAUAUCUCAAUAAGCGACUGGUGCCAGGCCAUGGAGGAGACGACGCACCUAGGGCUUCCCUGGCGAAUGCUGAAAGACAAGCUGGUGCGCACGGACCCCGACACGCGUCGUGUCCGGUACAUGGACACCUUCGAUAAUAAGAUAGGACGCAAAGCUGACACGCAAACUGUGGUCGAAACUCUGUAUAAAAACAAGAGGAGUUUGGAAGCCAUUUUCAAAAUUCUCGACAAAGAUAAUUCCGGUUACAUAACGUUGGAAGAAUUUUCCGAAGCCUGCCAACUGCUCGGUAAGUACAUGCCGAAUCCGAUGACGCAAGAGCAGCUCGUAGACAUUUGCCGCCUCAUGGACAUCAACAAGGACGGCCUAGUAGACCUGAAUGAGUUCCUUGAGAGUUUCCGACUGGCCGAGAAGAGUUUACAGGACGACGAUUACGCCGAUAUCCACGCCACCUGACAGGAGCUAGACCGCCGCCCCAGCCGGACGGCGGUCGAUAAAGACGAAACUGGUGUCCAAAUUGAAAUACUACGCUUGGAAG